AGGGCGCGCGCAAGGGGCUGGUUUGGUGAUCCCUUUAAGAAACCGCAGGCGGAGGAAUUUCUCUGAGAGAAAAUAAUCCUACUCACGGGGCCCCUUGGAGGCCAUUAACCCCCCGAGUCCCGGGCCCCCCCUUUCCCCGGUAGGCCCUACCGCCUACGCGCGCACCCGUGGGAUCUCCAGAUCUCCGACCCGGCGCGCGGCAUCCGCCCCCUCCCCACUCUCAGAUCCAGGCCCGGCCAGGUCCUGGGAAGCUGCCGCGAGGCGGCCGUGCCUGCAGUGUGGGCGGGGGCCGGGGGCCCGAGAGGUUCCGCCGCUAUCGCGCUGGGAGCCGCAGCGGUUCCGAGCGGGGCCCAACAUGGCGGAGAGAGAGGUGGAGUCCGGCCCCCGAAAGAGGGAACAUCGUGAUCAAUUAGCCACUGCCAAAGAUCCCAGCGGGCCAAAGCAUUCUGAUUACUGUUUGAGCAGAAAGCUGGUGCAGUUUUUGAUGAAAUUGUAGAGAACUGUGGUGGUAUCAUGGAUACAGAAAUGUCUGAAGAUAUAGACCACAACUUAACUCCUACCCUUGACAGCAUGUCUUAUGGAAUGCCGAAUCAAACAGGAUCUGAAAAUUCAUUGCUGGAUGAAGAUGAUUAUUUUUUGAACUCUGGGGAUCUUGCAGGAAUUCCAGUCGUUGGUAGUGACAAUGAGGAUGAACAGGAUUUUAGUUCAAAGGACAAUCUUGUUUCUUCAAUUCAUACUGAUGAUAGCUUGGAAGUAGAGAGAAGAGUCACACAGCAUGAAUCAGACAAUGAAAAUGAAAUACAGAUUCAAAAUAAAUUAAAAAAAGACUUUCCUAAACAGUUUGAUCAGGUUUCUGUCUUUAAAUCAAUACGGAAAGAUUUUAGUCUAGUAAGAGAAAACAGCAAAGAGACAUUUUCUGGAAAGGAGAAAAAUAGAGACCUAACUUAUCAUGAACGUGAAAAACGGUUGGAUAAACCCCAUAAAGAGUUGGAUUCAAGGUUGAAAAGCAGUUUUUUUGAUAAAGCAGCUAAUCAAGUUGAAGAAACAUUACAUACCCAUUUACCACAAACCCCAGAAACAAACUUUAGGGAUUCCAGCUAUCCAUUUGCCAAUAAAGAAUCCAUUGGUUCGGAACUGGGAAAUUCCUUUGCAUCAAAUAUUAGAAUUAAAGAAGAACCUUUGGAUGAUGAGUAUGACAAAGCAAUGGCACCACAGCAGGGACUACUAGACAAAAUUAAAGAUGAACCUGACAAUGCUCAAGAGUAUAGUCAUGGCCAACAGCAAAAAACUCAAGAGGGGGAACUGAAAAUUAGUGCUGUGUUUUCAGUCAGUGGCAGUCCUCUUGCUCCACAGUUGACUACUGGCUUUCAGCCUUCACUGGCGUCAUCUGGCAUGAAUAAAAUGCUUCCUUCAGUUCCAGCCACAGCUGUUCGAGUUUCCUGUUCUGGUUGUAAAAAAAUCCUCCAGAAGGGGCAAACUGCUUAUCAGAGGAAAGGGUCUACUCAGCUAUUCUGCUCUACACUGUGCCUCACUGGAUAUACAGUUCCACCUGCCCGCCCACCGCCUCCUCCCACUAAGAAAACUUGUUCAAGUUGCUCAAAAGACAUUUUAAAUCCAAAGGAUGUGAUCAGUGCCCAGUUUGAAAAUACCACCACUAGUAAAGAUUUUUGUAGUCAGUCAUGUUUGUCAACAUAUGAGCUGAAAAGAAAACCUGUUGUUACCAUAAAUACGAAUAGCAUUUCAACCAAAUGCAGCAUGUGUCAGAAGAAUGCUGUUAUUCGACAUGAAGUUAAUUACCAGAAUGUGGUACAUAAACUUUGCAGUGAUACCUGCUUUUCUAAGUUCCGCUCUGCUAACAACCUCACCAUGAACUGUUGUGAAAAUUGUGGGGGUUACUGCUACAGUGGCUCUGGACAAUGCCACAUGCUUCAAAUAGAGGGACAGUCUAAGAAGUUUUGUAGUUCAGCGUGUGUCACAGCAUAUAAGCAGAAAUCAGCCAAAAUUACACCAUGUGCGCUUUGCAAAUCAUUGAGAUCCUCUGCAGAAAUGAUUGAAAAUACCAAUAGCUUGGGAAAGACAGAGCUUUUCUGUUCUGUUAAUUGCUUAUCUGCUUACAGAGUUAAAAUGGUUACUUCUGCAGGUGUCCAGGUUCAGUGUAACAGUUGUAAAACCUCAGCAAUUCCUCAGUACCAUCUAGCCAUGUCAGAUGGAAGUAUACGCAACUUCUGCAGCUACAGUUGUGUGGUAGCUUUCCAGAAUUUGUUCAACAAACCAACAGGAAUGAAUUCUUCAGUAGUGCCCUUGUCCCAGGGCCAAGUAAUUGUAAGCAUCCCCACAGGUUCAACAGUGUCAGCAGGAGGAGGAAAUACCUCUGCUGUUUCUCCCACUUCUAUCAGUAGCUCUGCUGCAGCUGGUCUUCAGCGUCUUGCUGCCCAAUCACAACAUGUUGGGUUUGCACGAAGUGUUGUAAAACUCAAGUGUCAGCACUGUAACCGUCUAUUUGCCACAAAACCAGAGCUUCUUGACUAUAAGGGUAAAAUGUUUCAGUUCUGUGGCAAAAAUUGUUCUGAUGAAUAUAAGAAAAUAAAUAAUGUAAUGGCAAUGUGUGAAUAUUGUAAAAUUGAGAAAAUUGUAAAGGAGACUGUGCGAUUCUCAGGUGCUGACAAGUCAUUCUGUAGUGAAGGUUGCAAAUUGCUUUAUAAACAUGACUUGGCAAAACGCUGGGGAAAUCACUGUAAAAUGUGCAGUUAUUGUUUACAGACAUCUCCUAAAUUGGUACAGAAUAAUUUGGGGGGGAAAGUGGAAGAGUUUUGUUGUGAAGAAUGUAUGUCCAAAUAUACAGUCCUGUUCUAUCAGAUGGCCAAAUGUGAUGGUUGUAAGCGACAGGGUAAGCUCAGCGAGUCCUUGAAGUGGCGGGGAGAAAUGAAACAUUUCUGUAACUUGCUUUGCAUCUUGAUGUUCUGUAAUCAGCAGAGUGUGUGUGACCCUCCUUCACAAAACAAUGCAGCAAGUAUUUCCAUGGUGUCAGCUGCUUCAGCAGGGCCCCCAUCUCUAAGAAAAGAUUCAACUCCAGUUAUAGCUAAUGUAGUAUCAUUAGCAAGUGCUCCUGCUGCUCAGCCCACAGUGAAUUCUAACAGUGUCUUACAAGGUGCCGUUCCAACAGUAACAGCGAAAAUCAUUGGGGAUGCAAGUACACAAACGGAUGCCCUGAAACUGCCACCUUCCCAGCCUCCAAGACUUUUGAAAAAUAAAGCUUUAUUGUGCAAACCCAUCACACAGACGAAAGCCACCUCUUGCAAGCCACAUACCCAAAACAAAGAAUGCCAGACAGAAGACACUCCAACUCAGCCCCAAAUUAUUGUGGUGCCAGUUCCAGUACCAGUGUUUAUACCUAUACCUCUUCAUCUCUAUACUCAGUAUGCACCAGUUCCAUUUGGAAUUCCAGUUCCAAUGCCUGUCCCUAUGCUUGUUCCAUCCUCAAUGGAAAAUGAAGAUAAAGUCACUGAGAGUAUUGAAGACAUUAAGGAAAAGCUUCCCUCACAUCCUUUUGAAGCCGAUCUCCUUGAGAUGGCAGAAAUGAUUGCAGAAGAUGAAGAGAAGGAGAAGACUCUAUCUCAGGGAGGAUCCCAAACUUCUGAACAGGAGCUCUUUCUAGACACCAAGAUAUUUGAAAAAGACCAAGGAAGUACUUACAGUGGUGAUCUUGAGUCAGAGGCAGUAUCUACUCCACAUAGCUGGGAGGAAGAAUUGAAUCAUUAUGCCUUAAAGUCCAAUACUGUGCAAGAGACUGAUUUAGAAGUAAAGCAGUUCUCAAAAGGGGAAACCGAACAGGACCUGGAAGCAGAUUUUCCAUCAGAAUCCUUUGACCCACUGAAUAAAGGACAGGGAAUCCAGGCUCGUUCCCGAACAAGGCGGCGACACAGAGAUGGCUUUCCCCAGCCCAGACGAAGAGGGCGGAAGAAGUCUAUAGUGUCUGUUGAACCCAGGAGUCUUAUUCAAGGAGCCUUUCAAGGGUGCUCAGUAUCUGGGAUGACACUGAAAUACAUGUAUGGGGUGAAUGCCUGGAAGAAUUGGGUUCAGUGGAAAAAUGCCAAGGAGGAGCAGGGGGAUCUGAAAUGUGGCGGAGUUGAACAUGCGUCAUCUAGCCCAUGUUCUGAUCCUUUAGGAAGUGCUCAAGACCAUGCGCUCUCUCAAGAAUCUUCAGAGCCAGGCUGUAGAGUCCGUUCUAUCAAGUUGAAGGAAGAUAUUCUGUCCUGCACUUUUGCUGAGUUGAGUUUGGGCUUAUGCCAGUUUAUCCAAGAAGUACGGAGACCAAAUGGUGAAAAAUAUGAUCCAGACAGUAUCUUAUACUUGUGCCUUGGAAUCCAGCAGUACCUGUUUGAAAAUGGUAGAAUAGAUAACAUUUUUACUGAGCCCUAUUCCAGAUUUAUGAUUGAACUUACCAAACUCUUGAAAAUAUGGGAACCUACAAUACUUCCUAAUGGUUACAUGUUCUCUCGCAUUGAAGAAGAGCAUUUGUGGGAGUGCAAGCAACUGGGCGCUUACUCACCAAUCGUCCUCUUGAACACCCUCCUUUUCUUCAAUACCAAAUACUUUCAACUAAAGAACGUUACUGAGCACUUGAAGCUUUCCUUUGCCCACGUGAUGAGACGGACCAGGACUCUGAAGUACAGCACCAAGAUGACAUACCUAAGGUUCUUCCCACCUUUACAGAAGCAGGAGUCAGAACCAGAUAAACUAACUCUUGGCAAGAGGAAACGAAAUGAAGAUGACGAGAUUCCAGUGGGUGUGGAGAUGGCAGAGAAUACUGACAACCCCCUAAGAUGCCCAGUCCGACUUUAUGAGUUUUAUCUCUCAAAAUGCUCCGAAAGUGUAAAGCAGAGGAAUGACGUGUUUUACCUGCAGCCUGAGCGUUCCUGUGUUCCAAACAGCCCCAUGUGGUACUCCACGUUUCCGAUAGACCCUGGGACCCUGGACACCAUGUUAACACGUAUUCUCAUGGUGAGGGAAGUACACGAAGAACUUGCCAAAGCCAAAUCAGAAGACUCUGAUGUUGAAUUGUCAGAUUAAAGUGGAAGUGCGGUUCCUAUUUUCAUAUACGUUGGUAUGCACCAAACUGUGAAUGCAUCCAGCUUUGGAAAACGAUCUUUAAGUCCAAGUCCUCUCGACUUGAUUAUAAGAUAAUGGAAAACAGAUGACUCGUGAACCACAGUGUGGAUGUACAAAUGAAAAUUGAAGGAAAGAAUAUGAACUGAGAGAUGUUGUUCUUUGGCAGUGACAUAGUCCUUAGACAUCUUCAGAAUGACUAACCAAUUUCUCUGAGUGGUGCAUAAUCUUAUUUUGUUUGGGAAUAACAAAUUGUGGAAUAUUUUUAAGGAAACCUGUUGUAUAAAACUCUACCAUAGUAACCUUAGACCUUAGAGAGGUAGCUUUGGAGUGAAACCUUGGCUGCAGUAGGCUACUUGGGCAAGCUCUAUGUGAAAGUCAGGGGAGAAAUCAGUACCGAGCUAAGAGUGACAUCAGCUGAGGACUGUGGGACCCAGACUUGAAGACCCAAUAAAAAUACUCAACUUUUUUUAAAAGGUAGAGAGUGAAGUGGUCUUGAUUUUGAUUUUCACUGCCAAGCCAAUUCUGUGAAGGAUAGAACCCUCUGGUGCUUUCGCCAUGGGGUCCCUCACAUUAGGGAAAAGGCCUUCACUGCUGUUGACGCAGCAAUGUGUCCGUUUCACUUUCUGGGUCUAGCUUCUUAAGUGUGGGUCUGGAUGUGGGUAAAUUAAGUCAAAGGGGCUGAACCUGCAAGAUGAUUUUGCAGAAAGUCUAUGGAGCCUGUCAGAGCCCAAGUGUCUUGAAAUGUUUGUAGAAAACCCACUAAAAUGCCCACUUCUCUGGGUGUCAGCCUUUAUUGCUGCUGUUUCACAGCAUGAGCUGUGGUACACAGAAAUGGGGGUUCUCCUUUCGUUUUCAUUUUAUCCCCAAAUGGCAGCUUUUCUCCCAUUGUUUUAUCUUCCUGUCUCCCAAAUAAUUCCUCUUAUUUUGUCUUUUGUACCAGUUUCUGGAGGCCCUUGUCAUUUCAAAAAGAUGAAUCUCUCUUUACUCUGGCAAACCUGUGGGUGAUUCCACAAAGACACAGUGUUACUUAGGUAUCAGAAUUAUGGUAGGAAAAAAGGUCCUAGUAUAUUCCUAUAUAAAGCAUUUGGAAGAUGACCUUGUUGCCCUAAGAAACUGAAAAUAGGCUUCUUGGGUUAGGAUACAAAGACAUUGACUGUCUUGCAUAUCCAGUCUUCUUAUAGCAUUAUUCCAAACUCUAGCUGUUUCAGUAGUUCUAUGAGGAUUGCAAGUCAUAGGUGUGUUUGGCAUAUGGAUCCAUCUCCUUCAUCUCUAUUCUGUUUUUUCCUCACAGAAUUUUGAAUCAAAGCAUUAAUGAUAUUGGCUAAUCACAUAAAUUCUUUAGCUGAGAUUAAUUUGACCCUGUAAUAGAAAUGAGAGAAGUCUAAAAAGCCUCUUAGAAAUUUUAACCUUGGAAGACUUUUCAUUAUGUCCCAUCUUUAUAGAUAGGUGUGGCAGGUGUUUUUUUUUUGUUUGUUUUUUUAAUAAAGUCAUUUAACUACAACAAAAAUUUUAAGGUAGGCCUUUUGACAUUGUGUACUUACAGUUCUGUCCCCUCUGCCUGUAACAAAUUUUGUUUUUGUUACCACGAACUAUGUGAAAGAAGUAAAUCUGCCCCAAUUCUGUAUGAUUAAUUCCAUCUGUGUUUGUCAUUUCUGGCUGGAAAACUUACUUCCAAACUUUGUUUGAUAUGGAGGAAAAGCAAUUGGAUUGUCUGAUAAGUCUGCCAAUAAACUAUCCAGCAACA